ACAUGGGGAGCAGACUGUUCUUUUAUCUUUUGGGAUGCUAAUCAAAUGGACAUCAUCCCCUUCGUGAACAAAUGGCCAUUUUUUUUUUACGUUCCGUCUCAUGUUACUCUCAGCUUUCCGCUGCCCUCCUUUGCAUGCAACAGCAACAACCCUCAACCGUCUCUUUUUCUUUUCCCACCUUUUCUUUGUGUCCAUCUACUCAAAUGCACCAUGGAUAAUGCAAAAAAAAAAAAAAAAAAAACCAGCAAACAGAAGGGGCUGCGCUUUCAUUGGUUGUUCCCGAUCACACUCCACUCCACCUGGUGUUUUGUGCCAUAUCAUAUUUCGACCCCCAGUCCUCCUUCACCUUUCCCCCUUUCGGGUUGUCUUCACGUCGUCUACUCUCCUACAUCCAAUAGUCCCCCUCCUUUUUAGUUGUCUUGGACAAGGCCGACAAAUAAAAGUGCGAGCCAGUUGCAGGUGCUUAUGGGCAUAUUUCAUGCGCCUGCACACCUUUCCUGACGAUCUGCUCUGACGUGUGCGAUUCGUUACUGACAGUAUCCUCCUCUUCCUUUCCUUUUUUUCCCUUCAUCAGCCCUUCUUCAUCUUCUUUAGCCAUCCACCUCUCGCGUCUUCCCGAUCCCUCCUCUCCACCCG